AAAGACCACUUUGCCAUUCCAUUACAUCCGGAAUAUAACUUCCCCUGCUCAAGAUUGAAGUCGACGACUUAUUCAUCUGCUCGUUGCCUUAUACGGAGUAGUUUCUUAUCCAAAUCGAAGACUUUGCUCGGCUGUUCCAUAUUCACAAAGAUAAUAAGCUGCGAUCUAUCUUCUUCUUUAUUCUUUAGAAUAGGUCUCUCUGCACAAGUAUAUCAUGGCAAAUAUAAGCAAAAGAGAAUUCGACGUCCUUGAUCUGUCUGGUCAAAAAUAUCUUGAAUGGAAAGUAGAUGCUUUAGCACAUUUGAAAGCUAACGGCCUGGAAGACACUAUUGAGGCAAAUAAGCCAUCAUCUUCCCAAGAUAAAGCGGAAGCUAUCAUUUUCCUCCGUCACCACCUCCAUGAAAGUCUCAAAUCUGAAUAUCUUUUGGUUGAUGACCCAAAAGAAUUAUGGGACAAUUUACAGGAGAGGUAUGUCCACCAAAAAAAGGUACUUUUACCUAAGGCUCAGUAUGACUGGAUCAAUUUAAGAUUCCAGGAUUUUAAAUCAAUCAGUGACUAUAAUUAUGUCAUGUUUCAAAUAACAUCUAAACUAAAGUUAUGUGGACAAAAAGUCACUGAUGCUGAUAUGUUGGAGAAAAACUUUUCUACUAUGCAUAUUUCUAAUAUGCUGCUACAGCAACAAUAUAGAGAAAAUGGUUUUAAAAAAUACUCCGACUUAAUAUCGGUAUUAUUGGUAGCUGAGCAAAAUAAUGACCUUUUGAUGAAAAAUCAUAAUCUGAGACCCACUGGUUCUAGUCCUUCGGUUUAUGGUCCAUCUGGCCAUAAUUUAGCCACUGAAUCAAAUGCAACAUACAGUGGCAGUAGAAGACAUUUUAAAUGUGGGCAUUUUAAUGGUCAUAAAAACAAGUCACACCGAGAAUACAAACAGGUCGAAAGAUCAAAUUACAAGGGCAAGGGCAAACAAAAAGCCCAUCAAAUAAAUCGCCCUCCAAAACCCUCAAGAAAGUCGACUUGUUAUAAAUGUGGCAUGACGGGGCACUGGGCUAAUAAAUGUCGCACGACUAAACAUCUUGUGGAGUUAUUUCAAGCUUCCAUGAAUCUGAACAAAGGCAAAAAUGUGAAAGCUAAUUAUGGCAAUGACACAACUCCACCUAUGCCAAAAUUUGACGUGUCCGACUUCUUCGUAGAUGAUGCUAUAAUGGACGAUGCUUUUGACAUUAAUCAAAAUGCUACAAAAUAAAAUAUUAGACUCCUUAUGUUGUAAAAUACUAGUUUUAUGUAUUUUUUUCUUCCUUCCCCUUUUAUUUCAUUUUCAAUAAUUGUGUGUAAUAUAUGUACUUUUAUGUUAAAUAAUAUGCAUAAUUUGUGAUCAA